ACUUUUAAAGGGGAAAAGCGGACUUCAAAUUCUCCCAAGUCAAAUACAGUACAAUCCAAGCUCUAAAAUCCGACCCCUUCUCUCCCUCUCCCUCUCUCUCUCUCUCUCUCAUUUCCUUGUCACGACUUUCUCGAUUCGAGUACCAGUGGAAGUUCCUUCCUCUGCGAAACGUAAAGAAACGGUGUCCUAUAUGCCCUCGUGAUUGUUUUGAGAUAAGAUGGCAAUAGAAACCGACCAAAAGUCAUCGUACGACGGCAAAGUUUGGGGGUUCUUUAAGCUGCCGUUUAGACAAACCGGGAACACCAGCAGUACGACGUCUUCUUCCUCCGCUCAAACUCAGCCUCACCUCGAAGGAUCCGACCAUCAUGCCUCGGCUAACUCCGUUUCCUCUGUCGCCAAGUCGCUUUUGCCUACUCGUCGCCGGCUCAAACUUGAUCCGGCUAAUAAGCUCUAUUUUCCAUAUGAACCUGGCAAACAAGUGAGGAGCGCGGUCAGGAUAAAAAACACGAGCAAGUCAUAUACAGCUUUCAAGUUUCAAACUACAGCGCCCAAGAGUUGUUUCAUGCGCCCACCAGGUGCUAUUCUUGCACCUGGGGAGAGCAUCAUUGCGACCGUCUUUAAGUUUGUUGAGCAACCUGAGAACAAUGAAAAGCCAAUGGAGCAAAAGAGCAAGGUUAAGUUUAAAAUCAUGAGUCUCAAGGUGAAGGGUCCAAUGGAGUAUGUUCCCGAGCUGUUUGAUGAGCAAAAGGAUCAAGUGGCAAUAGAGCAAAUUUCGCGGGUUGUUUUUCUAGAUCCCAAGCGCCCUUGUCCUGCUCUGGAAAAAUUGAAGCGCCAAUUAGCUGAUGCUGAUGCUGCAGUUGAGGCACGCAAAAAGGCUCCGGAGGAUGCAGGUCCAAGGAUAAUUGGGGAAGGACUUGUGAUAGAUGAAUGGAAAGAGCGAAGGGAAAGAUACCUUGCUCGGCAGCAGAUUGAAGGAGUAGACUCAGCUUAAAGUGGUAAUUCUUCAUUAGUUUCCUCGUUGUAUGGUUGAAGUUUUAUAUAGUCGUCUCGUGCUUAUGUCCAUCAAAUCAUUUCAUGUAACGCAAAGGGUAUUGUCUCAGAAGAAUGAUCUGGAAAUUUCGAAAUAUUUUGUGGUUGUAAAGAAGAGUGAAGUUGAAAUUUCUGUAAUUGGAGACUUGAAAUCAGCUAGUUACUAUCUGCAUUGUAGAUAAUGUGAUUUUGCCGCCUCCCUAAGGGGAAUAAAACUGUUCUUCAUGGGGUGUAAUACACUAAAUGGAUAUCAAACCGAGUAGGAGUAUUUAAAUGCAUACAUAAUCAAUAA